UUCACCCCAAAAAGAGAAAAGUACUCUGCGUUUUUACGCAUGGAUGUUUGGCACGCAGCCUCUUAACAUUUACGCACAGACUGGAUGAGGAUGCGGGGCGCAGAGCUGCUGCUCCUCGGUUACUUUCUGCUGGAAGUUUUGUCGCCGUGCGACGCGGAGAGCGAGCCGGAUCACGCCUACGACGACUUCAUGAUAGUGACCAGCUUUAACGACUCGGCCGAGGUGGAGAGCGAGGUGACGGAGACGCCGCACACGGAGGAGAAGUGCCGCGGCUACUACGACGUGAUGGGCCAGUGGGACCCGCCGUUCGUGUGCAGGACGGGAAGCUACCUGUUCUGCUGCGGCACCUGUGGCUUCAGGUUCUGCUGCGAGUUCAAGAGCUCCCGGCUGGAGCAGACCAACUGCAAAAACUACGACACCCCGCCGUGGAUGAUGACCGGCAGACCCCCGUCCAAGGUGGACGUGACGCCGGACGCGGCCAAGGACAAGACCAGCCUCAUCGUUUACAUCGUCUGCGGGAUCGUGGCCAUCAUGGCCCUGGUGGGGAUUUUCACCAAGCUCGGUCUGGAGAAGACGCACCGGCCACACAGAGACAAUAUGUCCAGAGCUUUCGCACAGGUGAUCCGCCAUCCGGCCUCAGAUCAUUCAGACGCCAUCGGACUCGGUCAGCACUAUGAGAACUUACAAGCCACAAUAUCACUUAACAGUUUCCAGUCAACCCAAAUGAACAAUGCGGCUCAAUCACCAACUUUGAUAAGUCAGCCGUAUCCAGCGUUGGGACAGAUCAUCAGUCCUUACGAACAGCAGAUGCCACUUCAAGAACUCAACAAGUACACAACACUCAAGGCUGUGGCAGAGAAAGCUAAUGAUGGCUACCAAAGCAACCGGCGGCAAGCCAUCGAGAUGUCGACCAAGGGCGGCCUUCCCAUGGAAGCGAUGGAUAUGGAGCCAGAGCCAAGUAAUCCAUACAGCCCACCUAUAAAACUGUCUAGGAAGCAGAAUGAACACAAAUACAAAAGUUCCAGGAGCCACAGCUCCCAGUCGCUGUUCUACAGCUCCAGCACCGCAGCCAGCCCGGGGGAGCUAAGACCUUGGCAGAGCAAAGACACGCUGGGUCACCGACAGUCCUACGGCCCCAAAAAACUGUCCCUCUUGGAAAAAGAGCUACACAACACUCGUUACAUGCCUCCACAUCCUUACUACGUCACCAACAGCAAGACAGAGGUGACGGUAUGAGGGAC